AGGGGUUGGGGUGGGAGAGUGAGUGCAAGGUAACAGAGAGAGAGAGAGAGAGAGAGAGAGAGAGAGAGAGAGAGAGAGAGAGAGAGAGAGAGAGAGAGAGAGAGAGAGAGCGGAGAGAGAGAGAGAGAGAGAGAGAGAGAGAGCGAGAGAGAGAGAGAGAGAGAGAGAGAGAGAGAGAGAGAGAGAGAGAGAGAGAGAGAGAGAGAGAGAGAGAGAGAGAGAGAGAGAGAGAGUACCUUUUCUGAGAUACGGCCUCGGCAUUGCC